AGAAAAAAAAAACCUUCUACCCAACUCCUACAAAUUUAGGUCAGUUGAAGAGAGUCCAAUUAUAAAGCAGCUCAAAUAAAGGAGUCAUUUUAACACAUAGCCAAAGAUCACUGGGUAAAGUCAUGUUGUUUCUGCUGAAUAAUGACCUGAUAUAUAUUACAUGUUAAAACACCAAUGAAAACAUUCUUGCACACAAAUACAAGCACUUGAAGAAUGGAGGUUGGCCUACGAUUAGCAGUGAGUGUUUUUGAGCUGAUCACAGUUGUUGUGUUGGGUGGGUCUCUUAAUGGUCUAAAAGAAAGAAAUCAGCUUAUAGAUAAUCAGACUGCUGCUGGUUUCAGUGCUGAGGCUUCACUGGUGAAAUGUACCCUGCACGGUACCCCUCGCCAACCUGCAUUCUCCAAAGAUGGGGACUUUGUUAUUGGAGGAGCUUUUUUCCUUCACUUGCAAAUGCACACAGCAAUUAAUAACUACACCACCAAGACCAAGCUUCCAAGAUGCAAAGGGAGCUUUAGUGCAAGGGCGCUGCGCUUUUCUCGCACAAUGAUCUUUGCAAUUGAGGAGAUAAACAACAGCACAAAGUUGCUGCCUGGCGUCAGACUCGGAUAUCAAAUAUUUGACACGUGCGCCUCUGUGCUCGUAGCCACACAGGUGGCAUCUCAACUUCUAAACGGCCAAGACACUGUGUUUUAUGAAGAAAAUAACUGUUCAAAAUCUGGAAAGGUGAUUGCUGCUGUUGGAGACUCUGGAUCUACUCCAUCCAUCAGCAUCUCACGUAUCUUCAGGUCCUUUGAUGUGCCUCUAGUAAGCUACUUUGCCACUUGUGCCUGCCUAUCUGAUAAAAAGCAGUUCCCCACAUUUUUCAGAACAAUUCCCAGUGAUCAUUAUCAAGCUGACGCACUGGCCAAGCUGGUGAAACAUUUUGGUUGGACUUGGAUAGGAGCUGUCCACUCAGACUCAGAUUAUGGAAAUAAUGGCAUAGCCUCUUUUCUUGACUCCGCACUCAGAGAGGGGAUCUGUGUGGAGUACAUUGAAUCGUUUUAUCGAACUGACUCAAGGAACAAGAUCAGAACAGUAGCUGAUGCUAUCCGCAGAUCAACAGCCAUUGUUGUUGUGGCAUUUACAGCCGAGGGUGACAUGAGAGUCCUCUUAGAGGAGCUGAACCAACAGCCUCCUCCACCUCGUCAGUGGAUUGGUAGUGAAGGCUGGAUAACUGACCCACACUUGAUGAGCUUCAGUUUCUGUGCAGGGGCCAUCGGAGUAGCCAUUCAACAAGCUGUAAUUCCAGGCUUGAAAAACUUCCUUCUGGAUCUCUCUCCAUCUGAAGUGGCUGCUUCCUCAGUGCUGACAGAGUUCUGGGAGGAUGCAUUCAACUGCAGCUUGAAAAAUACUGCUGAUCUAAACAAUAGAGAGUGUGAUGGAACUGAAGACAUUAAAGCUCUUAAAAGCUUGUACACUGAAACAUCUCAGUUAAGAGUUACUAACAUGGUUUACAAGGCUGUGUAUGCAAUAGCACAUGCCAUUCACAAUGCAGUGUGUCAGGAAACAAACACAACCACUAAGUGUGACAAACACAUGCAUUUGGAGCCAAAGCAGGUUUCUAUUAAACUAAAAAAAGUAAACUUUUACCAAAACGGUUACCAUGUGUCAUUUGAUGCUAAUGGGGACUCUGUGGCUUUUUACGAGCUGGUAAAUUGGCAGCAAAGUGAUAAUGGGGUUACUGAACUGGUAACAGUGGGGUACUAUGAUGCAUCACUGCCGAAGGGCCAGGAGUUUCGUGUCAACAGGAACUUAACCUGGAUGGCAGGUGGCAAACAAGUACCAGCAUCCGUUUGCUCUGAGAGUUGUUCUCCAGGAACUCGUAAAGUGUUGCAGAAAGGAAAACCUAUCUGUUGUUACGAUUGCAUACCAUGUCCUGAAGGAGAGAUCACUAAUAUCACAGAUUCACUUGAUUGCUUCCCGUGCCCCAGAGAGUUCUGGCCUAAUGCAGCAAAUAAUGCUUGUUUCCCCAAACCUGUAGAGUUUCUAUCCUAUGAAGAAAUCCUCCCAACCACCCUUGCUGCAUUCUCUGUUAGUGGGGCCUGUCUGGCCAUCAUUACAGCAGUGGUUUUCUUUCAUCACAGAACAACCCCGAUUGUCCGAGCCAACAACUCUGAGUUGAGCUUCUUGUUGCUCUUCUCUCUGACUCUGUGUUUCUUAUGUUCUUUAACAUUUAUUGGAGCACCCUCUGAAUGGUCCUGCAUGCUACGACACACAGCGUUUGGUACCACAUUUGUUCUUUGUAUCUCGUGCAUUCUUGGGAAAACUAUAGUGGUUUUAAUGGCCUUCAAAGCUACACUUCCAGAUAGUAAUGCCAUGAAAUGGUUUGGUCCUAAACAACAAAGAAUGACUGUAGUAUCUUUUACUUUUAUUCAAGUUAUAAUAUGUACUGUGUGGUUGGUCAUGAGUCCUCCCUUUCCAAUGAAAAAUCUAACCACUUACAAGGACAAGAUCAUCCUGGAAUGUGCAUUAGGCUCUGCUGUUGGCUUCUGGGCUGUGCUUGGCUACAUUGGUCUGCUGGCUGUAUUUUGCUUUGUGUUAGCUGUUCUAGCUCGUAAACUACCUGAUAAUUUUAAUGAGGCCAAGAUGAUAACCUUCAGCAUGUUGAUAUUUUGUGCAGUCUGGAUCACCUUCAUCCCAGCAUAUAUCAGUUCUCCUGGAAAAUUCACUGUGGCUGUCGAGAUAUUUGCCAUUUUGGCCUCCAGUUUUGGACUGAUACUGUGUAUAUUUGCUCCAAAGUGUUUCAUUAUUUUGUUUCAGCCAGAGAAAAACACCAAGAAAUAUUUGAUGAACAAAAACUGAUUGUAAAAUCACCAGAAAA